UUCUCUAUAUAUGAACAAAAUUCAAUUUUGUAAUUUUCAGAAAUACGAAACGACGAAAUAAUUUUUGAUGAAGAAAUUUACACCAAUAUUUUGGCAACCAUCAACAAGAAGAAAUCAAACCAAAUUAUCUUUCGAACGUGUCUAUCUACUUACAUUCUGAAUUUAUCCAACACUAUCAUCAUCAUCAUCAUUGAAUUUCGAAUCUUUAUUUGAUUUUGUUGUUUUGUUUCUUUCUUUCUCUCUCUCUUUUCUCAACACAAAAUAUCAUUUGUAUAAUCAUCAUAUAAACAUACACACUGGAAAUUGACUGCAAAAACCAAUCAUAUCAAAGUUAUUUCAAAACAACAACAACAAAAAAGCAAAGCUUUUAUUUUCCUGACUCCAGGAUGUCUGCAAUUCCAUUUAUCACAUUUAGUACACCGGAUAUUCACCAAAAAAUCCGUGAACAACAACGACGACAACGAUCCGGUGGUCGUGAUGAUCCACCACGUGGUCAAAAAUAUUCACAAUCAAAUCGAACACCAUCAUGUUCACAAUUGAAAGAUAUGAAUGACAAAAUGAAAUCAAAUGCACAAAGCCAAUUUACCGGAGAGAUGUAUAAUUAUAAUCUCAAAUUCAUGAACAGCGUGUGGGGUCUUUACAAUCGUUAUGCACCACAAGCAUUCCAGAAAAAUUUGGAAUUCCGCCGUGAAAUAUAAUGCAUAAUUCCCCAUAAAACGAAGCCAUUCUUUGUUUGUAUCAUCGAUCCAAAUGCCCGUUGUCCAUUCAACCACAAACUAUUGAUUAAUUCAAAUUGCAUGGCAAUUUAAAUAGAGUACCAUUGUUUCCUGCUGUUUAUUCUCAUUAGUUUCUAUAGUGAAAGAAAGCAAAAAAAAAAAAUGAAAAUAAUCACAAUCCAAAUCCAGAUCAAUAAUGAAACAUUUUCGAAUCUCAUUAUUUUUCUGUUGCAAUAAAUGUUUAGAUGAUCAAAAAAAAUAUGAUAAUAAUUGGACAACGGCUAUAACGAAGAUGGCUUCAUUCCUGAGAACGCAUCCACAAGUUUCACCAAUUUAUCUUCACUGUGUGGACAACGUAUGCGUUUCCAGUGAAAUAUGCAUGCAAUUCAUUCAUAUAUUUUAAUUUUUUUUUUCAUUUUUUAGUUGUCUAUAGUAAUAAUUGUAGUAGUAGAAAAAAAAUAUUGAAUUAUAUCAUGAAAUCAAAUAAAAUCAGAAUGAUUUUUUUUAUGUUUAA